AUGGAUCGAAAGACUGGAAAAUAUUUAGAAGUAUUUAGUGUUCUCUGGGCUUUGAAGUUUAGAAAUACAUAUUUUUUAAAAAUUUUGAAACUUGCGGGUAAAUUUGCAUGUCAACCAGUUUAA